UGUAUAUGCGACUUCACGCGAGCAUCCUCGCCGCGUUCCACCUCCUCCGGCGCUGGCUCACGCGGGUCGUUGGCCCGCGCGCUGCGGCACUACUCCGCCACGUCCACGCUGCCACCGAGCCCCGCGCCGCUUCGAUCGCUGGCCGGCUUGGCCGCAUGUUUGUGCGGGUCAUGGGACCGAGCGCCGCAGUGGCCGCUCAUCACGUGCCCGAGGCGCCCGAGCGGGAGCACAGCGCGGAGCGGCUCGCUGCGCAGUCGCACCUUCGCCGGUCGAUCAUUCCGAGCACAGUCACGCGCCGGAUCUCUGACGGGCCAAUCACGAUUGGCGUCUGCUGCAUGGCCAAGAAGGCCAAGUCGGGGCCGAUGCUCGAGACGCUGGACCGACUGCAGGCCUUCCGCGCCGACGGGCACGCCGAGUUCGCGGUCGUGUCCUUCGACGAGCGCAUGCUGCUCGAGGAGCCGGUCGAGUCGUGGCCCGUGUGCGAGGCGGGUUAACUAGUUAUUAAUUAGUUAUCCGUUAUUGAGUAGUGACUGAUUAGAAUUCGUCGUGGCCCGUGUGCGAGGCGCUGAUCGCCUUCCUUCUCAGCGGGCGCUGAUCGCCUUCUUCUCGGCGGGCUUCCCGCUGCAAAAGGCGCAGGCGUACGCCACGCUCCGCAAGCCGUUCGUGUUCAACGACCUGCAGAUGCAAGAGGUGCUCUUCGACCGGCGCGCCAUCUACGCAAAGCUCGAGGGGGUAGGGGUGCCCGUUCCGAAGCACGUCGUGCUCGAGCCGGGCAGCGCUGUGGUCGACGAGCAGGAGGACUACAUCGAGGAGGACUACAUCGAGGUGGACGGCGCCAGGCUGCAGAAGCCAAUCGUCGAGAAGCCAAUCUCAGGCGAGGAGGAAGACCACGACAUCCGCAUCUACUACCCGCGCUCCGCCGGCGGCGGCUCGAAGCGGCUCUUCCGCAAGGUUGGCGACAAGGCGUCCCAGUUCUACCCCGACGAGCAUGAGUCGCGCGCCACGUCGGGCGAGGCGUACAUCUACGAGGAGCUGCUUCAGACCGAGGGGACGGACGUAAAGGUGCACGCACACCAGGAGUACGCCCAGCACCGACCACCCGCAGCGCGCAAGUCGCCGGUCGUGGACGGCAAGGUGAUUCGCAACGCGCGCGGCAAGGAGCUGCGCUACCCGCUCAUCCUCAACAACGACGAGAAGGAGAUCGCGCGAAAGGUGGUCCUCGCCUUUGGCCAGACGCUGUGCGGGUUCGACCUGCUCCGAUCGGAGGGCCGCUCGUACGUCUGCGACGUCAACGGCUGGUCCUUCGUCAAGGACUCGCACAAGUUCUGGGCCGACUCGGCCAACCUCCUCCGCCAGUACUGCCUGCACGCCAUCUGCGCGGGAGACACCGCCCACCGUCCCCUCCCCUGCACGCCUCGCAAGGUGCCGCCGCCCAACCGGACGAUAAGAGACUCGGUGCUGCAAGACGUGGUGCCGCCCCGCGCCUCGCUGCAAGCGCCGACCGGCGCCGAGGAGUCGGAGCUGCUCUGCGUGAUCGGGCUGACGAGGCACGGCGACCGGACGCCGAAGCAGAAGCUAAAGAUGAAGACCACGGAGCCGCGCCUGCUCGCGCUGCUCGGCAAGAACAAGGACGCGCGCGCGGAGCUGAAGAUCAAGAAGAUCCGCGCCAUGGAGGAGCUCACCCAGAUCGUCUCGCGGCUUGUGGAGGAGAAGCUGCGCGCGGCGGACCCGUCCUCGGACAGGCACGAGGAGGACCUCGACAAGCUCCUCACGCUGACUCAGGUGCUGCAGUCGCACCCGUUCUCCGGCAUCAACCGCAAGGUCCAGAUCAAGCCCUCGAAGUGGGCUGCUGUACCGGAGGCGGGCUCAGCGGACGGCGGCGCCGCGCCCCCAGCCUCGCGCGAGGCGCUCUUCAUCCUCAAGUGGGGAGGCGAGCUGACGGCGCUCGGGGAGGCGCAGGCCGAGUACCUUGGCGCCAAGUUCCGCAACUCGCUCUACCCGGGGGACGAGGUUGGCGGCGGGGGGUUAAUUCAGAGUCACUCCACCUGCAGGCACGACCUCAAGAUCUACUCCUCGGAUGAGGGGCGCGUGCAGACGACGGCCGCCGCCUUCACCAAGGGCUUCCUCGACCUCGAGGGCGCCCUCCCCCCCAUCCUCGCCUCACUCGUCUCCAAGGACAAGUCGGCGACGGCCAUGCUCGACGACACGAACGAGCAGGGCCGCCUCGGCAUGGACAGAUCAAAGGCGGCAUACCCCCCCCCACACAUACCUCCCCCGCAUCUCCCCCACAUCUCCCCCACAUCUCCCCCACAUCUCCCCCACAUCUCCCCCACAUCUCCCGCGCCAGGCGCCCUCGACGGCGGCGGAGGGCGGCCUCGCCUCCGACUCCCUCCUCUCCGCCUGGCUGAGCGAGAAUGCAAAGGCGCCGCGCCAGGCGCUCGAGCGGCUGCACCAGCUAGUCGAGGAGCUCGAGCGGGAGCUACGCGGGGAGAUAUGGGGAGAUUUGGGUGUGAGUUAGGCGAGACGCCGCACCUCCAGCUCGGCCGGUGGGCGCAGCUGCACAAGGACCUGUACAGCUCGCGCAAGGAAGUGUUUGACACCUCAAAGGUGCCAGACAUCUACGACAAUGCGCUGUACGACAUGGUCCACAACGAGCACCUCGGGCUGCAGGCCCUAGCCGCGCCGGCUCCGAGAAGGGCUUUGCCGCGCUUGUUCCGCGCCUCGCGCACGCUCGCGUCGUACGUGGUGCCGCAGGAGUACGGCAUCGAGCCGGAGGACAAGGUGACGGUCGGCCUGCAGAUCGCGUGGCAGAUGCUCGCCAAGCUGCUGCAGGACAUGCUUGAGAACGGAGGAGCGGUUGCCUAG